CGCGGAAGAGGAAGCGAAAGCGUCACUGUAAACAUGACAGAAGCGAAACCGAGGAAGUGUUGACGGUUUAAGUUCACCGGUUUUAAGUUAAAUUGGAGCGCAGAAACUCGCCUUGUUUUGGAGCUUUGACUCAGAUGCUACAGCGAUGGCAGUGAAUGUGUUGUUCCUCCUGCUGAUGUGGGUUUGCUCGCAGGUCGACGGUCAGGAGGCGAUUCUGCACGUGUCCAGUGGAUCUACAGCCAGAGAGUACUGUCUCCUGUACAACUCAACCUGGAGCAACAUCUCAGACAGCCUGAGUGCAGCUGUGUCGUCCCCGCUGCGGAGCCUGGUGUCCGGUCAGCUGUGUGUGAGGGGUCAGCAGGGGUCACUGGAGGGUCAGGCUGUGGUGGUGAUGAGGGGCGGCUGUGAUUUCUCUCAGAAGGCUCUGGUGGCUCAGGAUCUGGGAGCGUCUGUGCUUCUGAUCGCGAGUGUGGAUGAUCUGGUGACUCCGUCAGCCAAUGACUCUGAGUUCAGGAAAGUGAGGAUUCCUGUAGCCCUGGUCAGGCACCGGGACGUCCUGGACGCUCUGCAGGUGUUUCCUCAGGGGAUGGAGGUGAGGUUAUACGCUCCUCCUCUUCCUCGGUUUGAUGCCAGCAUCAUCGUCAUGUUCCUGAUCGCUGUGUUCACGGUGACGAUGGGCGGCUUCUGGAGCGGAGCGGCCGAGAAGCUGAAGCGGGCCGCUGGUCCAGUGUAUGUCUCUGCUGAUGGAGGCUCUGACAGCAGUGAGGUCUCUCUCUACUCUCCUCUGAAGGUGCUGGUGUUUGUGGGCAUGAUGUGUGUGAUGCUGGUGCUCAUGUACUUCUUCUACCGCUGGCUCGUUUAUGUGAUUAUCGUCAUAUUCUGCCUGGCCUCAGCCUCUGCGCUUUAUAACUGCCUGGAUUCACUGAUGACUGCACUGGGCUGCAGCACACUCAGUGUUUCCUGCAGAGACAGAAGCGUUUCUGUGCGUUCACUGCUGAUCGCCGCCGUCUGCAUCACACUGUCUGUCAUCUGGGGAGUGUAUCGCAACGACGACAGGUGGAUCUGGAUCCUUCAGGAUCUGCUGGGAAUCGCCUUCUGUCUGAACUUCCUGAAAACCAUCAGUCUGUCCAACUUCAAGAUCUGUGUGAUUCUGCUCAGUCUGCUGCUGCUCUACGACGUCUUCUUCGUCUUCAUCACGCCGUUCCUGACGAAGAACGGAGAGAGCAUCAUGGUGCAGGUGGCUCUGGGCCCCGGCGCUGGAGGGAAGGGUGAAGCACUGGAGGUCCCAGGAGACAACGCAUCCUCCUACGAGAAACUGCCGGUGGUGAUGCGUAUCCCACAGUUCUCUGCGCUGGCUCAGAAUCUGUGUAUGAUGCAGUUCUCCAUCCUGGGCUACGGUGACAUCAUCAUACCAGGUCUGCUGGUGGCCUACUGUCACAGGUUUGAUGUGUGGAUGGGGAACUCCAGAAGAGUCUACUUCAUCUCCUGCAGCGUGGCGUACGCCGUGGGUCUGCUGCUGACCUUCGCUGUGAUGCUGUUGUCUCAGAUGGGUCAGCCGGCGCUGCUGUACCUGGUUCCCUGUACGCUCCUGACCAGCUCCGUCCUCGCCGGCGUCCGCAAGGAGUUCACACACUUCUGGAGCGGCUCUGGAGCCUGUCAGGUCCUGGAGGAGUCUAGGAAGCCCUUGUUAUCAGAUGGAGCAGUGAAGAGGAAUACGCCGUCUUCAUGAUGAUCUGAUGGGAACGCUGUGUUUCUGAUACGAAUCUCAUCAUCAUCUUCAUCACUGGGACACUUUACUAAAACAACAGACUGUCUAAAAAUCGUUAUUUAAGGGGCCUUAACCAGAUCAACCUGCUGUUUUUGUCUUUCACUUUUUUAUGUGAUCAUUUUAUAACUUUGGGAAUAUUUGACGAAAACCCAACGAAUAGUUUAACACUCUAUCUCUGUGAUCAAAAUAAAUACAAAUCUGAAAACUAAA